AUGGAUUCCAAGAAGAACUCCACCUCCAAAACACGUCGCCGGAGGCGAUUUUCUUGGAUUUCGUCAUGCUUCGGAGGGUCGCCGUUGUCGGAUUCCGGCAGCACCGAGGCGCCGGGCUCCCGUGUCGUCAAAGCUUCUCGGUUCUCUUGCUUGAGUUUUCGGGCCAAGAAGAGGACCGUGCCGGUGGAUGCCGUGGCCGAUGCAACCCCCGGAGGUGCACCGAAGGAGAAGCCGGCGUCUGCGAAGAAGAGCUUCUUCCAGAAAUUUAGGAAGGACAAGAUCAGAGAGAGCCGCUCUUUGCCCCACCACCACCACCAACCCCAGAUUUCUGCAGCAAAGCCCGACGUCACCGCGGAGCCACACAGCCUCCAAGUUCGCCAUGUUGCCUCCAAGUGUGAUGCCCGCAGCCAGCCAGCGUCACUCUACCGGAUGCGCGACGCAGCCCGGACCGGCACCCGGACCAGCCACCCCGGCUCGCCUGAACCCGGCCACCGCACCGCCUCCGCCGCAAUUCUGCGCAGCUCCAACCACAGAAAACCCUGGAAGAAGUGCAGCGGGACGAUCGGAUAUAGUAUCGACUCCUGCGUCGGGCUGUCGGUGCUCGCCGUGGCGCUCACUCUGACGCUUCUACUCGGCCGGGCCUGCGCCAUCGUUUGCAUGAGUGCAUGGCUCUACCUCCUGCCUCGAUUCAGCGUGGCGACAACUGCGGCGAGGAUUGCUGUUGGCGGGAAGGGCGAUGGUGAGAUUGAUAUGAGCUCGGAGGAGCACAAGAAGAGAGUGGUUCUGAUGGGUUUGCUGCAACGUGAAGGCCGGCGGCCGCCAUCGGUGGCAAUUCGGGCAAGCACGCGAUAGGUAGAAUCCGCCCUGCAUGCAAUGGCUGGAAAGUGGCAUUUCUUUUAUCUUUUUAUAUUUUUAUUUGUGUAGUCCUUUUGGAUUUUGUCUUUUUAGCACUAUUUAUUUAGUUUAUGUACAUAAUACUUCCAGCCAUAGUGCAUAAAAUUUUGAGCCAAGGGACGAUGCGUUGGCUACUGACCCUUCCAGGGAGGCCAACACGUAUCCAAGUUUCCCGUUCCAAAUGAUAAGUGGAAGGUAGUGUUCAGAGAGAGGAAGAAAUACAUCUCUUGUAAUCCGAGGAGGAUGAUAUGUUUAUGUGGGAUGAAUCAAAGAGAUAUAUAAAUAAAGUUUAUCCAAAAA